AUGAAAGUUUACAAGGAUGAUCAGCCUUAUAUUAGGGACUUUAAGCAAACCCCGACGGCUACGGCAAAGAGACGGCUACGGCAAAGAGACGGCUACGGCAAAGAGACGGCUACGGCAAAGAGACGGCUACGGCAAAGAGACGGCUACGGCAAAGAGACGGCUACGGCAAAGAGACGGCUACGGCAAAGAGACGGCUACGGCAAAGAGACGGCUACGGCAAAGAGACGGCUACGGCAAAGAGACGGCUACGGCAAAGAGACGGCUACGGAGGCAGAAGAAGAAAAGAAUAACCCAGCAAUUAUUCCACGCAGAGAUGCAUUUUGGGGGCAUGAUGACAGAUGGACAGACACACCUGACAAUGAAAGAAGGAAACCAACGACUAGACAGUUGUGGGACAAAACCACUGACAGAUGGGAACAUGACAUGUACAGGGAAGAUGAACAGGGACCAAAAACCAGAGAGGAAGUAGAGGAGACUAAACGCUGGCUGGAUGGACGGGGUGGACGACCCGGGCGGAGACGAUAUGAUCUGCAGGAAUUUGUUAGAGGUGGGGGAAGACGGGGAGGAGGAGGAAGUGUUGGAAGAAUGCGGAUGGAUGAGGAAGAAAUCCAGGAAAAUGAAAGAAAUAAAGAAAACCUAGUUCCUGAGCAACGAAGAAGAAGACAGACCUCGGAAAAUUCUGAAGAGGACGGGGAGAGUAGAAGAGUGGGAUUUGGACGACGCGAGAGAAAUACAGGACGGCGGAGUAAAUAUGAUGAUGACUAUGAUGAUGAUGGUGAAGGUGAUGAGGACAGGGGAGGCAGAGGUAGGAGGUCAGAUCCGCGAAGAAAAUGGGGCGAUGAACAGGAAGAGAUUAACGAGAGACCUCAAAGGCGAAAUGAGAGAAAUCGUGGACGAAGGAGAGAUGGUGAGGAACAGGGAUACUAUGAGAAUACAAGAAGACGUGAUCGCGGUAACAGAGGUGAGAGAAAUGAAGACAACAGGAGACGGGAUUUGGAUCGAAGGCCCGAUCGUGAGCAAGAGGCAAGGAUGAAAAACAGAGAUCAGAGACCACCUAGAGGAAGAUAUGAUGAAGAAAGGAGAGAAAAUCGAGAGGAACAGGGUGGAAGCCGGAGAGGAUUUGGUGACAGGAACAGAGGAACAAGGGUAGACACGAAGCAAAACGAGUAUGACAGAGAGGGCCACAAACGACAAACUGGAGGGUUUGGGAGUUCACAGAAAGACAGAAGUAAGAACGAUGCAAGGGAGACGAGAUCCAAAAAAAAUGGUAGAGAUGAAAUUCAAAGCGAUGAGGAAGAGAGACAUCCAUGGGAGGGGCAAGCUAAGCCGUCACCUGCAACCCACAGCUACAGUAAACUUCGAGGUAGGGGACGAGGCAGAGGACAGACGCAGGAGCUGAAGAAACCUCGAAAGAAUGCUGCAGAUUUCACUCGUGAAAGAGAGGAGGCCCAAAAGAAAGAAGAACAGGAGAGGAAGAAAAAGGCUGUUGAGGAUGAACACUUCGAAGAUGCUGAAGAAGAUGAUGGAGAUGUGAUAAUUGAAGAAGAGUAUGAAGAAUAUAUUGAAGAAGGAGUUAUAGACAAUGAACCGCAAGAACAGUUGGGAGAUGAAGAGGUUGUUGAAGAGAAUGGUACAGCUUAUGAUGAAUCUGAGCAGAUCGAUGAAAAACAACACAAAGCUUCUAGAAAACAGGAUGGAAAGAGAACAAAGCAAUCUUCAUCAAAGAAAGGAGUUGGUGUGUCUGAAUCACAGAAUGCCGCAGCAUCGCAAGGUGCUCCUGCCGCUAAACCUAAACGAUAUUCAUCACAGAGGCAGCGAGCGACACAGCAAGUCCCACUGCAGGUACACCAGGCUAUGGUUCCACAGAUGAGUGCAAUUUACCCAGACCAAGCUGCUUACUAUGAACAAAUGGCCUUUCAGAGUCUUUAUGGACCCACAGGGACCCCGCCGACACAACCUGUUCCCUUACCUGUUAUUCCACAGCAACCUGAAGUCAUUCUACGGCAAGAAAUGGCAGUAGCCCCAGCAGAACAGCCUGAAAUGCCUGCCGGGAUACCAAUGGCUGGGCCCGCGGGUCCUCAACCAAUGGGACCUCUCCAGCAUGAAAGCAUCAUGCACCAACAACUUGCAGCCCUUCAACAAGGGGCUGUGCCUGGUCAGCAAGGAAUGGGCUCGGAAGGGGUAUCGCCACAGAGACUUCCCCAGCCCGGAAUGAGCCCCCAGCAACAACAACAGGCGUUGGCUACACAUUUACAGAUGCAGGCUUCGCAAGGUAUGCAAGGUCCGAUAGGUGCAGUCCCCCAACCAAACAUGGUAGCGUCAGGAAUGAGUCCACAAUCAACAGCAGGAUUUGUACAGCAUCCAAAUUACACUGGUGUUCAGUCUUUCCCAGGCCAGACCGUGAUGUAUCCCAAUUCGCAGUAUCCGAUGAUGGGAAUAAAUCCAUUUCUGGGACAACAGGUGUACGGGCUCCCGAUGCCUGGAGGAGGAACAUUUUAUCCUCCACAAGCUGCCAUGGUACAGCAACAACAACAACAACAACAACAACACUCUCAGCAACAACAGCAACAACAGCCAUCGCAGGGUGAACCACAACAACAGCAGACAAGACGCCGCCCAAAUGCUGCCAUACCCAUCAAACCUCCGCAGGAGAGAUCCUGAAUUGUCUUCAACAACGCCCUUACUGCGCGAUGAAAUGAAAGAACAGCUCCAAGCCAUGCGUGGAUGGAGAGGGGAAAAUGAAGUUAUAUGUCCAGAUGCUUUACGAAAAAAACGGCAAAUCUUGCCCGCGAACAGUCCUCUGCUGAUGAGACCAUGUACCCCCCGGUUGGUGUUGAAAGAGAUCUGGACGAAAUAGCGAGUCUUACAUGACUUAAUAUCUUUUGACACCGCAAGACUGCUCCAAACAGUUCUUAAAAGUGUUUUUCAAGGCUUACAUAAUAUGAAAUGGUUUUUAAAUGAUCAGGUGACAUAUUAACCCGUCUCCCUCUGAUGAAAAUAGGGACUUUAAGCAGUCAGGACGGCAACGCCACGCAAGAGGUCGAUUAAAAAAUAAGUUUCUACUCUUAGCUAGAAUUUGGAAGAUGGCUGCAUGUGUUUGCCGUCUCAUAGGGCGCCAGACCUCAAACUCAACAUAGCGCAUAAAAGUUGCG